UUGCGCCUGAGACAUCGCAACCAUUCCAUUGUGCGAAGUAUUCGUAUAAGCAUCAUCAAGGGUGCGAUUCGCUUAUAUAAAAUAAUAAUGACUGAAGUUAGAAAAGAUGAUGUUGUAAAAAUUCUUCAUACAUAUCCGCUUUGUAGAAAAUGUGAUAUGUCAGAUGAGAUGAAGCAAGAAGCGAUGGAAUUAUGCGUAACUGCAGCAGAGAAAUAUGCAGACAACUAUGAGAGCGUGUCCCGAAUGAUCAAGGAAACAAUGGAUAAAAAAUUUGGCGCAUCAUGGCACACUGUCGUUGGAGAAGGCUAUGGCUUCGAAAUAACUUAUCAAUUGAAACAUCUUUUGUAUAUGUAUUGCGCCGGUAAUUUAGCGAUAUGUAUUUGGAAAUCUGCAUAGUGCAACUAUGAUAAUGGUAAUGCAUUUUUAACAGAUUAUAUGUGUGAAUUUACUCGAAUUUGUAAAUGUGCGUAAAAGAUGUUUGUAUUAUAUAUAAAAUUAUGUGACAGCGAUAUAAGAAAAGAUAUUUCUUAUGUGUCUCAUAAAUGCACAUGGGUCCAAUUUGUAUUUAAGUUAAAAUAUUUAUAUCAUUAAAUGUAAAAAAAAUAAUAAUUAAAUGCAGUUACAUAUUAAAGCAACAUUAUAAGAUAUACUUAGGACAUAACAAUUAUAAGAUAUAUUUCUAUGGGACAUGACAAACUAAAAUAAUGUGUACUCUUUUUUUGUA